AUACAAAAUAUCAAAAACUGGUGGAAAAAUUAAGAAAGAAAAAAGAGCAACACAGGAGCGAAAUUAAAAUGAAACAGCAGCUUGAACAGACUAUGAGAACACAAGAUGUGGAACUGAAGAGUCUAAAAAAUAACUUGAAUGAGAUUUCUCAUAUUCAUGGACAAGAAAAAGAACUAUUGCAUGAAAAUCGCAUGUUGCAGAAUACAAUUACCAGGCUAAGCAUGGAAAUAGAUAUGCUAAAAAUAGAAAACCAGGAAAAGCAAGAUAAAUAUUUGAAGGACAUUGCAGUAUUAAAAGAAAAGACUGAUGACCUUCAGAAGACUGUGCAAGUGAAUCAGGCAAGAUUAACAAAAAUGAUGUCCCAGUACAAUGAACAGCUCAAUCUUCUGACGGCUGAGAACACAAUGCUAAAUUCUCAGCUGCAGAAUGAAAAACGAAACAAGGAAAGACUGGAAGCAGAGGUUGGAUCCUGCUUCCCUAACCUGGCUGCUACUAGAAGCGUUCAUGACCAAACUCAGGCAUCAAAAAGACACGAAGAGCUUGAUUUCCAGAAGGCAAGAGAGAAGUGGCCUGGUGCAGAAGAAAGUUUGAGUUCUUAUGUUAAUAUUCUCUUUCAGAAACUUUCUGAAGCAGAAAUGAAAUUCUGUAGCCUAGAAAUUAAGUUCUAUAACACAAAAAAUGCUCUCAAACAAAAGACUUUGGAUUUAGAAAAAGUGCAAAGAGAACUAAGCGAAACACAGUGUCAAAAGAAGGAAAUCGAACUGAUGUAUAAAAAUGAACAACAUAAAGUCAAUGAUUACACUGUGGAGAAGGAAUCGCUGGAGGAAAGAUUAUCUCUACUAGAAAGGAAAAAUCUGUUUCUUCAACAACAACUCGAGCAUGCUCAGAACACAGCUAAUAAGAAAGAAAAGACAAUAACUGAUAUCCAAACCCAAUUUCUGGAUAUUGUAAAAGAACUUCAAGCUGACAGUGAACAGAAAAUUCUUCUUCUAGAAGAGAGAAAUAAAGACUUAUCCAAUGAAUGCAAUCAUUUAAAAGAAAGACAAUAUCAAUAUGACAAAGAGGAAGCAGAAAGAGGAGUUGCUGCGAGACAACUUCAGAAACAACUGGCUGGUACGCUACAAAAGCUCUCCAGGGCAGAGACCUCCCUGGGGAUUACAGCGUGUCACACGUUCCUUUAAAAGACAAAGCAUAAGUUUCAAAGAAGAAAUUUGAUGAAAUCACAAAAAAAGGAGAUGUUCCAACGUUUUGGAUGCUUGGGGCCAGCCUAGGACGCAUGGCUGUAUUGUUUUGGCAGAUACUUGGCAGCGGGCACAGAUGGUUGCAACGGUGGACAGAAGCUUACGAUUGUAGUAGUACCAGCCAAGCAGGAUUCUGCAGGCCCAGUGGCCGGUAGCUGCGCCCAUGCACCCUGCAGCCGCAUUCCCAGUGGCCAUGGAGGCGCCACUCCAUUUCCCUGGGGACGGUGACCACCAUUAUCAAGGACUGCGGAGCUGCCAAUGACAGAUCUGUGCCACCUUCGGGACGAAAGGUGAUUUGGGCCCCCAGUUUGUGCAGGCGUCUCAUCCCAAUAAGGGAACUAGGCAGUCUAGGAGAUAGAGGAAUUCAUGUGUCACUUGGUGUCCCCUGAGCUGGCAUGAUCAGGCUUGGCAGCAAGUCCUAGCCACCUGGCCACCAAUGGCCCAAAUUAUCAUUGUCUCCUGUCCAGUGAGAGGAGCCACCUGGGUAGUCACUACUGAGUGUUUGGGUCCUGUAUGUACCAUGAAAGUCACUGGCUGCCCCCCCACAUCCAUUGUGACCAUGGGCUCCUGGAGGCCAACGUUGAGGGAGCCCGUUCAGUCCUAGGCUGAUAAAGUCCUGUGUCUCUGGUUCCAUCUGGAACCCCUGGACAGGGCCUCGCUGAGGGAGUGGAAUAGGCGGUCUUCCAGGAGCAGCAGGAAUAGGUGAUCAGUGGUAGAGAAGGGCUGGUAGAGAAGUACUGGUGGCCCUGACUCCAUUGACCCAUUUUUGGCUAGGUGUGGCUGGCUAUGGAUGGGCAGUUAUAGGUCUGGGCCAUGGUGGUUUUGGACAGAGAGAAAGCGGUGAGCUACUGGAGUUGCUUCUGCAGGGUCAUUAGGCUUCUGGUCAUCAGGCCUCGGGACAUCAGGCCUCGGGGGAGUGGAUACUGACAGUAGUGGGGUGUCUGGUGCUGACGGAGGCCUUGAUGGUGGACUCUCAACAUUAUAGGGAGGUGGCAGGAAGAAUUCUUCAUCAGAUGGGCCCUGGUGCAUGAGCUUGGGCCCAGAAUCAGAGAAGUUUCUGGUCUGCUGAGCGAAGAGCACCCUACUCUGUUCCUUUUCUGAGCAGAACCAGACCCAGGGUGGCAGGGUUCAAGCAAUUCUCAGCCAAGAAUCUAUAUAAGGGAACUGAUCUGGGUGUCCAGGGGCGCCAAUAACCCGGUUCCAGACAGCCUGAACAGUGGAACAUCUAGAGUUCCUGUACUACGCCAUCCUACUCCAAAAGUGGGCCACUCUAAUUCGCAGAGCAUCUGGAGACGCCUUGGGCUCAUUUUUACUCUGUAAUCAUCGGAGAAUCCCUUUUUAAAAUUUUUGAUCAUACACCUGAGAACAGUUGGUUUGGACUUAGACCCUACCCCCCAUAAUGUUCCUACUGAUUGGUGCUGCACAGGGUGGGGUAACUUUCAGUGUCCUCCUAGCUGCUCCCCUCAAGGGGAUUUAAGGCACAUCUUGGCUAAGGUGCACCUGUAUAAACGCCGGGCCAGGUCACUUUUCCUUUUGGGAAAGUGAGUCAUCAUUAUGCCGUAUGAUGCUGCCACAGAACCGCAGGGAUGGACCCAGCCAGACUCCGUGGCUUUCGCCGUGGAGCCGCAGCACUCACGCACUCAUCCGCCCAGCCAAGAGGUUAUUAUCAAGGACUGCGGAGUUGCCAAUGACAGAUCUGUGCCACCUUCAGGACGAAAGUUUCAAGACGCAUGGAAUCAACUUAAGAGACUGUAAGAUGUGCUGAGAAGAGGGAAGUCUGCAUGCAAAAGCUUGAAGAAGAAAAUUCCCAGUUAAGAGAUAAAAUCAGAACGCAAGUAGACAGAAUUGAACAGCUUCAGAAAUACCUGUUAAGUGAAGGAACGAUGCAGUAGAAGUUGGGAAAAAAAACAUGAUUGCAAAACUAGAAAAGGAUACUACAUUCAAUUUUUUUUUCUCACACACACUUAAUGAAAGCUCUGCGCCUUUUCACUUCUGCCACUCCUGUGGAACUGUCAGGCAGCACACCAACACUAUUCUCAGAAAGCCAAGGCGCCCUUCUCAGGUGUAUGGCGAUUUAAGGCCAGAAGACCGAUUGCACACUCACCUGUACCACUUAGUUGAGAAAUUACAGCAGAUAAGCAGUCACUUGACAGGAACAGCGGAACCUCCUAGAAAGCCUCACACCGCCUGUGUGUCCAGGGAAGGCGAGACACGCGAUGCUCCCCUGCCGCCCGUGCCGAGGACCAACUGAGCCUGCGCACAAGCUGAAAGAAUGACCGACAUUAACCCCUAGUUUAUCGUAAUACUAAAAUCUCCACUCUGGGAGGGACUUACCUGACAGUUUCUGACCCUGGGUCAUAUGUACGAGCGUGAUUUCCCACUGUGCUUGCGUGCCCUGCGCUCCACCCCAGACUCAGUGGCGCUCAGCCCCCAUGCGUUAUUCAUUUGCCUGCAGAAAAAACCCUGGCCCUGUUGGUCGGGGAGGCAAUUUGAGACAAUUCAUAACCUCCCCUCCUUGUUGAUGCAUCCCUGGAAAUAAAUCCUUUCUUUCUGACAUCC